AAAACAGGCAAUAUCCGCCUGUCCUCGUCUUAAUAAAAAAACUGUUCAUGGACACUGGAAGAUGUUAUUUUUUGUUGGUGCUUUCCUUGAGAUAGGGGAGUGAAUCUGAACAAUCUUCAUAAGGAUUACAGUUGUACGACACUGGAAUACCCCGAAAAAACAAUGAGACGGCAAGUACUGUUGUUCAUCUUUGCUCUCUCUUUCACCACGGUGUUCAGCCAGGUCAGCUAUUCCAUUCCUGAGGAAAUGGAGAAAGGUUCAUUAAUCUGUAGUAUAUCUCAGGAUUUAGGUUUGGAUUUUAAAAGGCUCAAAUCGGGCAGAGCUCGUAUUCAUUCGGGAGACAGUGCAGAAUAUAUCGAGCUGAAUAGAGAAAGGGGUGUCCUUCUUAUCAAAGAGAGAAUAGACAGAGAAACGUUGUGUGGAGAAACGACGCCCUGUGCCUUGCAUUUGCAGAUGAUUUUGGAAAAUCCGAUGGAAUUGUUUCGCAUAACAAUAGAAAUCACAGACAUAAACGACAAUGCUCCCAGCUUUGCCUCGAGCGAAAAACGUAUUGAAAUCAGCGAGUCAGCCAUCAUUGGGUCUAAAUUUGUACUGGAGAAAGCAAUCGACGCCGACAUUGGUGAAAAUGGUCUCAAAAGCUAUUCGCUUAAUCCAACGGACAAUUUUGUACUGAAGCUGGAGAAUCAAGCUGACGGGAGUAAAAAGGUAGAAAUGAUUCUACAGAAGCCUCUAGACCGUGAGCUGCAGGAAAAGAUAUCACUAUUAUUAACUGCUCUAGAUGGCGGACAACCGCGGAUGUCAGGUACAAUGCAGAUCACUGUUAACGUGUUAGAUGCAAACGACAAUGCGCCGGUUUUCACUAAGUCAGUAUACAAGGCAACAAUAACCGAGAAUUCCCCCAGGGGGACCAGUGUUAUAACUGUUAGUGCAUCUGACAAAGAUGGAGGCUCUAAUGGAGAAAUAUCUUAUGCAAUUUCAAAUAGCAAGCGUCGAUUAUCAGACCUAUUUCAGAUCGACAGAAAUACAGGAGAGGUUAUCUUAAUCGGUGACAUAGAUUAUGAAAAAGCGAAGCUCUUCCAAAUUGAUAUCGAGGCUUUAGAUAAUGGAGGACUCUCUGAUUCCAGUAAGAUCUUAAUUGAUAUAAUAGAUGUAAACGACAACAGUCCCCAGUUGAAAAUACUCUCUAAAUCAGACACUAUUUUAGAAGACUCUCCUGAGAACACUGUCAUUGCUAUGUUAAGCGUAAAUGACCCUGACUCUGAGAGAAGUGGAGAAGUGAAGUGUAAUAUUAAUGAGGACCUUCCUUUUAAAAUACAAAACACUAUGAAUGGCUUUUAUAGUUUAGUUACAGAGGUCGCUUUGGACAGGGAGAGAGCCUCCGAGUAUAAUAUAACAGUGACCUGCUCUGAUGAGGGAGUGCCCUCCCUCUCCAGCAGCGUCACUCUCACCUUGCAGAUCUCUGAUGUGAAUGACAACGCGCCUGUCUUUGAGAGGAGCUCAUAUGAGGCCUACAUUGUAGAAAACAACACACCAGGCCUCUCUAUAUUCACAGUGAAAGCCAGAGACGCUGACUGGAACCAGAAUGCGCGUGUUUCUUACAUACUGGAGGACUCCUCUGUUAACGGAGUGCCAGUCUCCUCAUAUGUGUCCGUUAGUGCUGAUAGUGGAGUCAUCCAUGCAGUGCGCUCUUUUGACUACGAGCAGAUCAAAUACUUCCAGUUCCGCGUCAAAGCGCAGGACGGAGGCUCCCCUCCACUCAGUAGCAACGUGACUGUGAAAAUAAUGAUCCAGGACCAGAACGACAACCCCCCUCAGGUUCUGUACCCAGUCCAGACUGGUGGCUCUCUGGUGGCUGAAAUGGUGCCUCGUUCAGCAGAUGUGGGCUAUCUGGUCACUAAAGUGGUGGCUGUUGAUGUGGACUCUGGACAGAAUGCCUGGCUCUCCUAUAAACUGCAGAAAGCCACAGACAGGGCGCUGUUUGAAGUGGGCUUACAGAAUGGAGAAAUAAGAACUAUCCGCCAAGUGACUGAUAAAGAUGCUGUGAAACAAAGACUGACUGUUAUAGUGGAGGACAACGGGCAGCCCUCUCGUUCAGCUACAGUCAUUGUUAACGUGGCGGUGGCGGACAGCUUCCCUGAAGUGCUGUCGGAGUUCACUGAC